UUGCGUCACAUCUCCCCUGGUCAUGGAGAUGCCAGAGGAACUCAGUUUGUCAAGAGGCCUGGGCGCCGCAGGCAAAGUGGGGCGACUUGCGACGCGCUUUGGAGCUCCAUCAUUCGUGAUUCUGCCUACGACACCUCUCCUUUGCAACUCAGACUUCAUUCCAACACAAAGUCACACCGACACUUCUGCCUCAAUGGAGGGCGUCUGUCGCGCGCUCGAUGCACACGGCUGAUACCGUGCGAGAGUCCCCAGGAUCAUGGCCUUCAAAGUACCGCACAUCUCACAGGCAGAGAUCGCUGCUUUCCACGACGCACACUUUUCGCCUACUGCCUUGAACCACUUCACGGUGGACUUCCUCCCUUCUGUGGCAGCGGAGCACUCUCGAGAAUUCCACGACAGCAAAUCUCUGCAAUACGUGCAGCAUCUCGGGGAUGAUCUAGAAUGGGAUGACGAGUACGAGGAUGAUGGCCUUGGCUACUAUCCUGAUGGCGUCAAACGCACCCUAACUGAUGAGCAAAUUGAGAUUUUCCGACACUCUGAGCUUGAGGCAUUGCGACGUGCCGAUGACAAAGCCACAAAGCUUCGAGACGAAUCUGCCAGACUCCUCGAGCUUGCACGCCAUGCUGAUGCCGAAACCGAUGGCGACUUCAGUGAAACAGUUCCGAAAGAUCACCGAGUGGCUACCAGCGGGACUUGCGCGGCGAUUGUCGAUCUCUCAUCCGAACCACAAUCUGGAAGCGAGGAUGGCGAAUGUGAGGACGACAACAGUACCCAGUCGAUGACGGAGGCUGAGGCCAAGCGCCUGAAGAAGAAGCGCGCACGCCAACGCAAGAAGGAGAAGAACAAAAAAUUCCAUCCAGAGCCCAAAGUAGACCUGCGCAAGAGAACCUGGGACGUCGUGGACGCUGGUAUGGACAGCCUCGACUAUGAUGAGCGCGAAAACGAUCACGCCAAGCAGUUAGGACUCGCUUCCAAAAGACGGCAGAUCUCAUACGACGACUGAAACCUCCCGCACGAGCAUCUGGCAAAGUACUCUGCGGUGA